CUGUGUGGCGUCUGUGAAAGCGUCCCGCCGGGAUUCCUUCCUCUCGUUUACCGCAACGGUUACAGACCGACCUGCAAAUAUACGGAAAGGAAAGGAAAUUAUGACAGCUGCGCUCGUCAUGGAAAACGUUAACUGGGAUCCCGCAUUAUCAAAACUUCUCAAUUCUCUGAGGGAAAACAAAUCAGAAAUACCAAGCUGUACCGAAGAAGAAUUCGGUUUCCUCAGCGAGUUGUUACAGUCGAAGGAGUUGAAUGCUUUGGUAACUGUUCACAAUAAGAUCUUAAACAAUAUCAAGGACGAUAAGUUCUUUCCGGUGAAAUCAAACUCGAUGGACAUUGAUAUCGAAGUGCUCGACUUAUUGUCCACGAAAACUCACAUCUCGGAAGAGUAUAAAGAACUUUUUCAUCUUUUGCAAAAGCCACAUAUGCAGGGUCUACUCUGUGCACAUGAUGCCGUUGCCCAAAAGGAUUAUUAUCCCAGAUUACCUGAGAUUCCAUUGGAAGUGGACGAGGAUGAAGAGACAGUGAAGAUCGUACAAUUGGUCAAGUCGAACGAGCCCCUGUGCGGCGCCGGGGUCGAACCGAUCGUGGGGGCGACCAUAAAGACCUGCGAGGUCACUGGGAAGAUCGUGAUCGCACGAAUAAUGCAUGGUGGUGCAGCCGACAGAUCUGGCCUUAUUCAUGUUGGAGAUGAAGUCUGCGAGGUGAAUGGUAUCAGCGUUGAAGGGAAGACACCAAAUUGCGUCCUUAAAAUCCUGCAAAAUUCGGAAGGUACGAUAACUUUUAAGAUCGUACCGGCGGACAGCAAAGGUGGAAUCAGAGAAAGCAAGGUACGAGUGAGAGCACACUUUUCAUAUAAGGCAUCGGAAGAUCCUUAUAUACCGUGCAAGGAAGCAGGAUUAGAUUUCGUCAAAGGUGACGUCUUGCACAUCGUUAGCCAGGACGAUGCGUAUUGGUGGCAAGCCAGAAGAGAAGGUGAUCGAAACAUGAGAGCGGGUUUGAUCCCCAGUAGAGCACUUCAGGAACGUAGGAUCAUUCUCGAGAGACAACAGAAGGAUAAAACCGACGAUGACAAUAUAAGCUUGUGUUCUGUUCCAGUGCCUUUGCCUGCAUUGUGCCCCCGUCCCAGUACCUCUUUGCACGCCUCGCCUACAAAGUGCAACUUGCAGGGAAUAAAAACUAAAAAAAUCAUGUAUGACGCUGCAGAAAACGACGACUUCGACCGAGAAGAGGUACCGACCUACGAAGAGGUCGCCAAGCUAUAUCCAAGGCCGGGUCUCUACAGACCCGUUGUUCUUAUUGGACCACCUGGUGUCGGCAGAAACGAACUCAAGAGGAGGCUGAUGGUUACCGAUCCUGACAAGUACAAGACUCCUGUGCCCUACACCUCGAGACCACCGAGACCAGGUGAGAUCGAUGGGAAAGAGUAUCAUUUCGUUACUCGUGAAAAAAUGGAAGAAGAUAUUGACACUAGCAAAUUCAUCGAGUUCGGAGAAUACAAAGGGAAUCUUUAUGGAACUAGCGCGGAAAGCGUAAGCUCGCUGAUCAAUGCAGGAUACGUAUGCCUGUUAAAUCCUCAUUACCAGGCACUUAAAAUGCUUAGAACGCCACAGUCAAAGCCAUACGUGAUUUAUAUCAAACCACCUAGAUUCGAGAUACUAAAGGAGACCAGGAAUGAGAACAGAGCUAGGUCAACCUUCGACGAGAGCAACUCACGAGGCUUCACGGACGAGGAAUUUAACGAGAUCCUACACAGUGCGGCUAGGAUAGAAUUCCUCUAUUCUCAUCUGUUCGAUGAAGUCAUCGUCAACGCUGAUCUCUCGAUAGCUUUUGAACAAUUAAUCAACGCUGUUCACAGAGUCGAAUCAGAACCACUUUGGGUUCCAGCUUCUUGGGUGCAAUGAAUCCUAUUAUCUCGUAUCAUGCCGAGUCUAAUCUACACGUACGGGAUAUACGGAAACUAAGAUAACGCGGGCAAAAACAGAAAGAAAAGAGAGAAAGAGAGAGAGAGAGAAAGAGAGAAAGAGAAAGAGAGAGAGAGAGAGAAACAAAAAAAAUAACAAAAAAAAAACAAGAAAAAGAAAGAAAGAAAAAAAACGUGCUUAUUAUCAUUAAGUAAGAGAAAGGCUGAGUUGCUUUUCCUCUCGAGAAACGAAACGACGUUAAUAAUACUUCUAACUUUUAGACUCUCCUUAAUAUCCCAGCCGCCGUAGUUUGUUUGAUUACAAAGAAAACAAAGCCUAAAAAGAAAGUAAAAAAAAAAAAAAAGAAAGAAAAAAAAAUAUCUGUGAAUUUAAAAAAGAGCAAACGAAAGAAAAAUAAAAAAAAAAUUAAAAAAAAAAGAAAGAAAGAAAAAAUUAAAAAAAGACAAAAAUAAAAUUAAAAAAAAAAAAAGGGAAAACAAAAACAAGAAAGUUUAUUCUGUCGAUGUUUCAUUAUCGAAGAAAUUAUCCGAAUGACGAUUUUGAAGUUUUGACCGAAAGAAAUCCUUUCAUUAUGCUUCCUAAAUAAAAUACAAGAACGGUCGUUUUAUAUAUGUAUAUCUCUUGGAAUACUCUUCUCGAUUUCUCGAUUCUUUUCUCGUAGAGGAAAAUACUGGCCGAAAAAAUGGCGAAUAGCGAAUUGCGAAUGGCUGUUUUUCACGUCGACUUCCUACGACGUUUCGAAGUUAAAAUUUACAAUUUAGAAUGUUACAAGCCUUUGUACCCGUAGUUACAAAAAAUUUGGUACGUCGAUAAGUUUGUGAACCAUUAUCGAUUAAAUCGAAUUAUAUAUAUAUAUAUAUAUAUAUAUAUAUAUAUAUAUAUAUAUAUAUAUACAUAUACAUAUAUACAUAUAUAUGUAUGUAUACGAAUACUUAUGUGUAUAUAUAUAUAUAUAUAUAUAUAUAUAUAUAUAUAUAUAUAUAUAAAGGGGAGAAAAACACAGACACAUGCAAAAAAAAUCACACACAUACAGAACACACAAAUUUUCUAUGCCUGCGCGGAGAACACGCACACGAACGUUCUCUUCGUUUCGAUCAAACGUAAAUAAUGCGAGUAAGAGAGAUAGAGAAAGAAAGAUAUGUGUAUAUAUAUAUAUAUACAUGUAUGUAUAUGUAUAUAUGUAUAUAUAUGAAGAGAAAGAGAGAGGGGGGAGAGAGAGAGAGAGAGAGAAGUAGUAGAAAAAAAAGGAAUAUUGAAAAGAGAGAAAAUGAAAAAAAAAAAGUAGCAGAAAAAAAAUUUACGAAGCAAGUGGGAUGGAAUCGAACGAUCGAAGGUCGAAUAAUUUUUCUCAGGUAUGCUCGAAUCGAUUCGAAGUCGUUCGCCAACCCUAGUUUUUAUUUUUUAAUUCGAUAAUAUUAUAAGAAGGAAAGAGACAAAAAAGGAGAUAAAAAAAUCUACAAAAAAAAGAAAAAAACAAAAACAAAACAAACUACGCAUAGAAUUAGCGCCCUAACUGCCAAAGAGACUUUCGUCGUUCAACGGAUUACGACUAACCUCUUUUUCGUAAGCACCGAGUCGAACGUGUUGAUUGAUUCGAAUAUGGUCGAUGUUCGUCGUAUUAAUUAAUAGGACGACGGGUAGAGACGCAUUAUUUUUCUCCUCGAUUACGUCUUAUUAUUAUUAUUAUCGUUGUUGUUAUUAUUACUAUUAUUAUUAUUAUUAUUAUUAUUCGGUUGGCGGUUUACCGCUUCAAUUUUUCAAUUGAGAAAGAAAGAGAGAGAGAGAAAGAGAGAGAGAAAGAGAGAGAAAUAGAGAAUAUGUGUAUGUAUGUGUGUGUGUGUGUGUGUGGUGUGUGAGAAAGAAAGAGAGAGAGAGAAAGAGAUAGAGAGCAAUCGCAAAAAACUAUUCGUACAUAUAUAAGUCGCGAUAACUCUCGAUUUAAUGUGCUCUACCACAAAUGAAAAAUUCGAAUUAUUCGUGUGUAUGUAUAUAUAUAUAUAUAUAUUUGUCCGUUUAUAUACGCUGAACAAAAUUUUGCGAUUGGACGAAAUCUAAGGAAGUUUAUCGAGAAACAUUUGCAUCUCGACGAAUCAGCUACGAGUAAAUUCAUGUAACGGUCUUUUUUUUUUCUUUAUUUUUUUUUUUAUCAUAUUUAUAGAAUAGCGAUCAUUCGUAAUCGAAAUCAUAUCUAGUGAAAAAUCGUUAUUGUGAAUAGUAGUAGUAUAAUUAAAAGUAAUUGAUUUAUUCAUACCUGAAUUUUGAAGAAUACAAUCGUCGAUAUACAAAUAUUUUGGAAUAGGUUAUGUCGAACAAUAUCACUCUGAUCGUCGAUCUUCAACUCGUUAAUAUAGACGCGAUCGUUUCUGAUUUGUAAAUAACGUAUUUCUAUGUCAUGAAUAUAGCUGCGAAUUACAGUGAUGUAUGCAUUUCUAUUGGUCAAUCGUAAACGAUCCAUUAUAACAACUUUUUACUAGAUAUAAUUUUGAAUAUAAACGAUCGCUAAUCUAUAAAUAUACAAAAAGAUAUUUAUCAAGAUAAUAGAAAUGUAAAAGAAUGUAGAAACUAUUUCGAAUUUGCUAUCUCCAAAAUUGUUUUCAAUGCAUUUUGUAAGCGUCGCAAGCUCGAAUACGAAUUUCACUUAUUAAAUUCUAUUAUAAUUUCAAUCAAUCGCGAGAUAUUUAUUCACUAUUUACAUCUAUGAACGAAUACCUUGUAUAUAUAAAUAUACACGAAUUAUAUACGUAUAUAUAUGUGUAUAUAUAUAUAUACAUACACAACACACGAAUAUAUAAUUCUCGUUUUUUCUUCAUUAUGAAUCCAUCGAAUGUUACCUUCUUACUUCCAUAGGACGUGCGAAUAUUUCUUGCAUAGACGCGCGAUUUCUCAUGUAAAUAUAUAUAUAUAUACAUAUUUAUUUAUAUAUAUAUAUAUUUACAAAAAAAUAUAUAUAUUUACUUAUGUACUUACUUACGUUAACCUCUACCCCCAUUGAACGCGCGAGAAUUCCCUUCGACGAGAUACAAUGUAUCACGUGACUCGAACGUUAUUUCGGGAAAGAUGGAGCCAAUCAGAGACAGAGAUAAAAAGAGAGAGAAAGAGAGAGAGAGAGAGAGAGAGAGAGAGAGAGAGAAAGAAAGAGAGAGAACUAUUGAAAAAUAGAUAGAAAGAAAGAAAGAGGAAGAGAGACAGAGAACUCUCGCAUGCCUUGGGAUCAACGAUUUCUGGAUGGUACCGUUUUUCUUCGCAAAUUUUAAAAAGUACGAUAUAUCAAUUCUUGGAGAAACCGUUUUCUCAUGAACGGUUAUUUGACAGGGAAAAAAAAUAAAAAAGAAGAAGAAGAAGAAAUAAAUCAAUCAAUAACAAAAAUGAAAGAAAAAAGAAAAAAGACAAUGCUAAUAAUGAUAAUGAUAAUGAUGAUUAUGAUGAUUAUGAUGAUGAUGAUGAUGAUGAUAAUGAUAUUAAAAAAAAGAAAAAAAGGAAAUAAAAAACGCAUGUAUAAUUUAAGAACGGCCACCAUUGCGUACAAUCCUUGAUCCUGUUUGUUGUUAUAAUUGUUGCCAAAUAAAUAAUCUACUUAGAAUCUGCGACGUUAAUGAAAGAAAAUGUCGCCCCCUCGCAAUUAUCGUAUUUUCCAAUCGGUCGGCAUUUACCAUAACGUUGCUAUUUUUUCCAUGAUAAAAAAAGAAGAUGAACGAGAUGCGCAGCGCGAGAGAGAGGGAGAGAGAGAGAGAGAGAGAGAGAGAGAGAGGGAGAUAGAGAAGACGAACUUGCGCCUAUCGAGACUGCGCUGUAAUUGAAUUGACAUUCUCGAUGUAAACUCUGUAUGUUAUCGAAAUAUAGCAUUACACUUUUAAGUAUA